UUACUAUAAAGGCUUCGCUGGGGCGCGUGCGCGCCUCUUUCUCAGUUACCGCGGCCUCCGUUUAGGCGCAGACAGGCAAGCAGAGCCAGCAUGCCAGUGGCCCGGAGCUGGGUUUGUCGCAAAACCUAUGUGACCCCGCGGAGACCCUUCGAAAAAUCCCGCCUCGACCAAGAGCUGAAGCUGAUCGGCGAGUAUGGGCUCCGGAACAAACGUGAGGUCUGGAGGGUUAAAUUUACCCUGGCCAAGAUCCGCAAGGCCGCCCGGGAGCUGCUAACGCUUGACGAGAAGGACCCACGGCGUCUGUUUGAGGGCAACGCCCUGUUGCGGCGACUUGUCCGCAUCGGGGUGCUGGACGAGGGCAAGAUGAAGCUGGAUUACAUCCUGGGCCUGAAGAUCGAGGACUUCUUAGAGAGGCGCCUGCAGACCCAGGUCUUUAAGCUGGGCCUGGCCAAGUCCAUCCACCACGCCCGUGUGCUCAUCCGCCAGCGCCAUAUCAGGGUUCGCAAGCAGGUGGUGAACAUCCCGUCCUUCAUCGUCCGCCUGGACUCCCAGAAGCACAUUGACUUCUCCCUGCGCUCUCCGUAUGGCGGUGGCCGCCCGGGCCGCGUGAAGAGGAAGAACGCCAAGAAGGGUCAGGGUGGCGCUGGAGCCGGAGAUGAUGAGGAGGAGGAUUGAGCCCGCCGAUGCCCUCCCGGGUUGGUGGAUUGUCUAGUUUUCCAGUCAGAUAAUAAAAUAAGAUCAACACUU